AUGAAAUUGGAACCUCCGUCUGUGCUCUUGAAACCACGACAGCGAUCCACUCCCGCUCUCAUCUUCCUUGACUUCGCCGCCGUCUCUCUGUGCUCCCGUGCGCCGUCUUCUCUUCUUCUCCGAUCAUCGAUGAUUCCGUCACGGUGGUCGUUUAAAUGCCUUGCCGUUUCAGUUUGCUUCCUCACACAUCUGGUUUGUCUCAAAUUUCGUCUGCCUCUGUUCGUGACUUCGACUCAUGAUGCAAUAGCCUCACUAUUUCAAACAUUCUCCGGCGCCCCUUCAAAGCUUUACCGAAACCAACAAGUUCAAAUACAAAUCACCGAGAGUAGGAUGAAUGUUGUUCUGCAGCGACUCAGAGGUGAAUCGGUGAUGAGGUUGUUGCAUUCCGCGUUCUUGUUGAUGAAGCAGAGAAGAUUACAGUGCUUAUGA